CACAUGACUCCGACCGUGUCGCCUUAUCCCACCAGAUGACAAGCUGUGCCUCCGUCCCGCGGCUCGAGGGAAAUGGAUCGCCGGUCACUUCCCAGCUCGCUCGACCCCGCCACCUGAGCACAUGAAAUGAUGACCGACUCUCCGCGGAAUCAAGGGUCUGCGGCGAACGCAGCUCCUCCGCCAGCACCCCCACUCCCUCCUGCUCCCCCUCCAUUGCCGCCGCAAAGAUAUGCUAUCAGAGCGACAAGCGCGUUCGCGCGGUUCGCCCAUCCGUUCUUCUACGGGUCACGUCCGCCCAGUCCCCAGCAAAACUCGCCGCGCGUGACCAGCACCAUACCUGCGGGCUUAAAGCACUCUGCUUCCACGGCUGGAGCUUCUCCUAUAGUGUCCCACAAGACCGGCAUUCCGAUCGCUGCCCUUGACGUAUCUCCCCAGCGCACGCAUGCCAUCCUCGCCGGUAGAGAAAUUUUGAAAACGAUCAGAGUGACGCCCGAUCACUGUUCCGAAGAGGUCAAUAUUCGUUCAGCCAUUAUAGGUUAUUCUGCAACCCACAACGCGUCUCCGGCUGCGCUCUCGUCUAAGCAUAAGGAGCAGUUAUCGGCAAGGGACGUGAAAUGGUCGAAUGGGGAAUACGACCAAGUAAUUGCAACCGCUGCCACCAACGGCCGGAUCGCCGUGUUUGAUUUGAACCGCGCUGGCGUAGAGUUGGGCCGUUUUCAUGAGCACACCCGUCAGGUUCACAGGUUAGCCUUCAAUCCGCAUAGGGGCGCGUGGCUCCUGUCAGGCAGCCAAGAUGCGACGAUCCGGAUGUGGGACUUGCGCGUUUUGUCGGGCACAAGGGGCGUUGUAAACUUCGGUAGCAAACAUCGUUUCAAUGGACAUAGUGAAGCGGUGCGAGAUGUCCGUUGGUCGCCGGCCGAUGGGGUUGAAUUCGCUACAGCCACGGAUAGCGGUGCGAUUCAGCGGUGGGAUGUACGCAAAGAGAAUGCCCCUUUAAUGAAAAUCAAUGCACAUGAAAAGCCAUGUUCUGCAAUUGACUGGCACCCGGACGGAAAGCACCUGGUGAGCGGCAGUGCAGACCGACUCAUUAAAGUCUGGGACUUCUCAUCGACAGAUCGGAGGCAGAAACCGUGCUUUCAGCUUCGCACUCCUCAAUCACUGUCGAAUGUCAGAUGGCGCCCGGCUUCAUGGACUGGAGACGAUGCGGAUACCGGGGAUUGGCAAUCUACGCAGGUGGUGACCGCUUACGAUCAAGAAGACCCGCGUAUUCAUCUCUGGGAUUUUCGAAGGCCACAUCUUCCCUUCAAGGAGUUUGACCAUUACAGUCGCUCUGCAACUGACAUGUUAUGGCUCUCAAGUGAAUUGCUCUGGUCCGUAAACAGCGAAGGGGUGUUUACACAAGCAGAUAUAAACCAUGUGCCUCAGGUCAUCCAACGACGUAGGCCUUGUGCCGUGGCGUGGAGUCCAUCUGGUGAUAUCGCAUACGCUCAUCAACGGGCAAGGAGAUGCCAACCUAGCACUAGCUAUAGUCUGGCGGAAUUCCUUGGGCAUGAUUAUAACUCCGGGUCGAAUGAAAAGAAUGCUAGUUUCACUGAUGAUGCAGUCGAUGAGCCUCCACUGGUGCCUCAUCGAAAGCGACCUAAUAGAACAGCAUACUCCAGGUUAUCCAAAUCACUCAGCGGUGCAUCUUCUAUCUCAGAAGAUGAACCACCGCAGGUUGUCUCUCUUGAAAAGGCUGUUGCUAAAAGUGGAUCUUAUGAACCAACAGAAACUGGGAUGAUUGGACGGAUAUCUGGUGUCACGCUUGAUCAAGACAUCUUCACAUAUCUUGCCCAAAGCUAUUCAUCUCUGUUGACCAGUUAUUUUAGUCAAGGCGCUUCGCCCACAGCAAUAAAACUAUUUUUGGACAGUUUCGAUCAUAAUGCGGCACAGGCUGAACGUGUUGGUUUGUACAAAUUGGGCCGAACCUGGAAGAUUGCCAAAUAUGUUGUUUCAAUGGAACUUACAGCUCGUGCCAAAGAACAGCCAAUGCUUGAAGAGAAACCAUCGUCCCAGAAGGAUGAGCAGAUCGGCGAAAAACGACCUGUAAAUAAGGAACCACUGACUGGAAAAGUUUCGAGCCGGUUGUUCGAAGGUGUUGCUGAGGCAAAGGGUCAAGCGCUCACGGCCGCCGAGCUUGAAAAUGGAUCUGACAUUGCCACUCCUCUAGCACGUCCGAAGUGUGAUGUCCCAGUGGGUAAAUCUGGCGGUGAUAAAGAGGCGGGCCUAAAAGACGAUCCCCCAGAGCUUGCACCGCUUCCACCCUCAGUUUUGGGGCAUAAUCAGUGGUCAAAACAGGCGGCUACACAGGAUGAGGUGCCUGAUAAUGUUAGGCAAAUGCAUGAGCCUGCUCAGAAGGAAUCGCUCUCCGGCGGUAACAGGUCUGCGCCGCGUGCAAUUGCUCGUCGUGCAGACUGGAGGCUUCAAGAUGAGGGAGCACUUGAGCCCCAAGAUGAUCGACAGAAAAAUGAUUAUGAUCAGAUAGCGGAGGAGAAAAAGACCGCUUUGCGGGAAUAUAAGCCGAUCUCUAAAGAUGUAUUGUCUCUGGAUACAUUAUCCCGGGGGGGCACCAGGCCGCCUCAACCGAUGACAUAUGCUCGGCAUGACUCCGCUGAGAGCUUUCCUAUGUUUUCCGCCUCCACGGAUAGCUCCCACCGUGCAAAAUCUCUUGCUGACGAAGCUGCUUCUCCUCAGAGGAAACAGGAUACUUCUGAUUUAGGGGGGAGCCCCUGGUCGGCGGUUGGAGACAGUCCGCUACAAACUAUCCCGGAGCUUCAGGAUAAUUCUCCGUCAAAAGGCAGAGAAAGAAAUGAGAGCGAUGCAUCGUUGAGUGGGAUGUCAUUUGAAGACAUUCUGCCUGAUCUGGAUAGCAUUCAUCUGGAACGGCCUGCCGUACCACUUCCGUUCAUUGUGCAGUCCUCUCCAAUCAGUAAUUAUUCAGAAGAAGAACACUCACCGAGAGACCAGCUUGCUUUGUUAGACGGCCAAGCGAAUCCUGAAAGCAAUAUUGCUGCGUGUGAAGGAGCUCAGAGUGAAAUCACGAAUUUUCCUCUCUCGGUUAAAUCUGUAUCCCCCCCCUGGAGCCCGCAGUCGAUGUUGAGGGAGGUGGUAAAAUAUUAUUCCUCCAACUCCACUGUCGACCUAGUCAGUGCAGUCCAUUUUUUACACAAGCUGCAUAUCCUGUUUCGUUCUCUUGACGAUAUUAUCCCCUACGAAGAACGGCAAUCGAUACUUCAAUCGUACAACGAGCAGCUUUUACGUCGCAAAAUGUUUAUUGAAGCCGCUGAGGUCCGACUUCAAUGCGCACCGACUUACCCCGCUGUUUACGAUUAUGCCCAAAAGGACUCUUACAUUAAUGUUUAUUGUUUUCAGUGCAAUAAGCCAUAUGAAAACUCUAUUCGUAAUAAUAAACUGUGUCAGCGCUGUAAUGUUGCACAGUCGCCCUGCUCGAUCUGCAUGAGCCGCAACCCACCGGAGGAUUGGCUUAUGCAAGCUUCUGAUUUAAUGAAUACCUUCGGCACAGAGCCCAAGUCCAAUUCACCAUUCUCGGCCGCACAGUCCCGGUUGGAAGAGGAUCCGGUGAAGAACGCGGCUGCCCUCAAUCCCUCCGUGCUUAAUAAGGGAGAGCGCGGACUCUAUCAUAAAACAUCCGGAAAAUGUGGCCUAACGCUAUGGUCUUGGUGUCAAGGAUGCGGCCAUGGCGCGCACACUGCCUGUCAGGUCAUUUGGCUUACGGAAUUAUCAUCUAGCGAAGGUGGCUGCGCUACUCCCGGCUGUGGACAUGAUUGUGGGCCUGGCCCAGUAAGAGAACGCGCCCGUGCCUCCAGAAAGACGGCGCGGGAUCUGCAAUCCCUACGUAGCUCAAGUGUAUCCUUUGCGAAACGGGACUCCUGGACUGCAGGGGAAAGCAAGGCUGUUGAAAGGGUCAGGGGGAUGCUGGGAGUCGCGACUGCUUCUGCCUCUGGAACUGCCGCGUCGUCGCCUUCACCUGUCGUUGCUGGGAGUGGUGGUGCCUCGGCAGUGCUGUCUCCAAAGAAGGUUAGACUAGUUACGCCUGGGGAGCAGGGGAAGAGGCAGGAUAGUAAUACUAAUACUAGUGGCAGAAGGGGCGGAGGAAAUAUUCUAAAAGGUGGAAAGCGAGGACGAGGAAGUUAAACCCCUUUUGGGGUUGUCUCGGUUCUGAAUUCGAGAACACAGUCCGUGCCAUCCUGGAGUGUUGCUCCUCUGGUUUUCUCGAUCGGCUCCUGUGCGUUCUGUCCCCGCAGUUUCAAAAUGGGCGCCUGUUCCCAUCUCUUUUGCAUUAUCAUUUUAUCUCAUUCGUCAAUUUUUUUUGCUCUUAUAUUUGUUGUAUUCCCCCUUCUUGGCUGGAGUAUGUUUAGGCGCUAGGGCAAGGAAACUGGCUUACCCAAUUUAUGAGCAUGGGUGGACAUAAUGCGCCCGGUAUUGAUGGAGCAUUCUAUUUCUUAGCCUUAUUUCCUGGGAACGAGUGAGGCUUCUUUUUUCCUUGCGUGGCUUUGCUACUUUUGCAUGGUGGGCAGGUUUUGUUUGCUCUUCUGUGUCACAUCCUACUUAUCCCACAUUGACGCUUCAUCUUGCAUUUUUAAGCGCGAUAGUGUGGGCCUCAAUGCUUGAAUCUGAAGUCAUAUGCACUAUAUGAUACCUAAUGA